CUCAAACACAGAGAGAGAUGAAUCCUCAAGUAUCUUUCGUGGUGUUCAUCGCCAUCCUGAUCUUCACUGGCACGGCAGUUGCUAGGACAGACCCGGGUGAGUACUGGGUGAGCAUCAUGAAAGAAGAGCCCAUGCCAGAAGCAAUUGAAGGCCUCCUCCAUGUGAUCAACCCUGCAUCAGAUCGACCUCAUCUCACUUCUCUCCCCGAAAAGAAGGAGGCUGACUGCCACGGAGAUGACAAGCUAGAGGACCAUAAACGACUCAUAGGUGAUUUUGAGCCGAGGCCUGAUGUCACAGCUUACGGGAACGAUGCCAAGCUCCAACAGAAGAAAUUCACGGAGGAUAUUGAGCCGAGGCCUGAUGUCACGGCUUAUGGGAACGAUGCCAAGCUCCAACAGAAGAAGUUCGCAGAGGAUUUUGAGCCGAGGCCUGAUGUCACGGCUUAUGGGAACGAUGCCAAGCUCCAACAGAAGAAGUUUGCAGAGGAUUUUGAGCCGAGGCCUGAUGUCACGGCUUAUGGGAACGAUGCCAAGCUCCAACAGAAGAAGUUCGCAGAGGAUUUUGAGCCGAGGCCUGAUGUCACGGCUUAUGGGAACGAUGCCAAGCUCCAACAGAAGAAGUUCGCAGAGGAUUUUGAGCCGAGGCCUGAUGUCACGGCUUAUGGGGACGAUGCUCAACUCAAAGGGAAGAAGCCAUUCGUGAAUACAUUCGAGCCAAGACCCGACGUAACAGCUUAUGGCCAGAAGUGAUGGUGAGAAGAGACGACGAUGAGGUGUUACUGCUUCACGUAAGGUAUUUGAUUUUAGUGCAGUAUCGUGAAUGUGUGUCGACAAAGCCGGUAUAUACCUCGAAUAGAACUGAUGUACGGCGAUGGUGAUUGUGGUGUGUCGCAUGUUGUGGUGGUGGUUUGUCAUUGUCUUGCAAAUUCUCCUGGUCUGUUCUAUGGCACUAGUGCAGUUCUAUGAUAAAAAAAUAAAACGGGGUAUUUAAGA